UGCUGUCGAAGUUUGAGAACUGCAGCACACCGGUUCGCGCGCAGUGGCCUGCCACGGCCACUGGGGGGCGAUCAAGCUCUGCGCGCUGCGUAAACGUGCCUCUCGCGGCGGAGCUCAGCUCCCCAAUAACACGAGCACAAUGGUCAACGGGCGAGACUGAGCGGCAGACAGAUGCGCGCUGCGCAUACUUACCUAAGGCUAUUUCACAUGGCAUCCUAAAACUUUGAUACAUCUCGAUUCUGACGCCGCUCGUGUGAUUUAUCGAGCCACGCAGCAUGCUCUUGGUAUAGCAGCACCUGCUUUUUGGUGAGUGUGAGUCCAGGCUUAAAUGCAGGGGUGCAUGUUUUUUUUGAGGAGGGGGAGAUGGGCAGGUGAUGAGAGAUCCUGUUGAAUAAAGACCCAACGGCGAGCCGUGGCCAAAGCUGUCAUUCCUCGAAUGCGAUAACACCUGACUGUUAAGGUGUCAUGUUCUGCUUUUGGCUACGUCGAGGAUUAUCUGGAUUCCCUGAGCAAGAGGGAAAUUUGGACAAACCUGGGAUUUACAUCCUCAGCCAUCUCUAGCUUGUUAUAUGAAGGGUAAAGCUGUGAAGACGUCCUCAAAUCAUUUAACACCUGUUGCUGGUGUCAAGCGGAUUUGUGAUUCAUUCAUAUCCACUGAAGGGGCAGAGGACGGCACAAACCUACACCCCACCCCUCCCUCAUACAGCGAAGAUGGGAACCAGUGAUUUCAUAGGCGAAUAAAGUCUCUACGGUGACCGACCUCAGUUAACGGAAAAGAGCCGCUCUCUCUCCUCCAUUCAGUUUCUCUUUGGAUAACGCGCGCGCGCGCUACGCACAUGGAUUCUAUAACUGUUGGGCACAUUUAUUUCAAGAUGAUGAGGGUGAUAAUUAUGAUGUCACCAGAAGCACGUCGCUUCGCCACAAUUGUAAAGUCCAAUUACAAUAAGUGAAAGUGCACUGAAAGACCUUAAAGCACUUCGGAAGGUAGUGGACCUACAGUGCCAGUCAAGUGCAUUUAUGAACUUGCUGAACUCGUCUUUUGCUCAGCCUAUUUCUUCCGCCUUCUUUUCAUCAUUCUGAACACUUAGUAGUUUGAGAAGAUGGAAUUUGCUAUGGUGGGCGCGGACAGUGGGGGCUGUAACACCCACCUGCCCUAUGGAUAUGCCCAAGCUCGCGCACGGGAGAGAGAGCGCGAGAGGGAGAGACAGUCUCGCGCAGCGGCGGCAGCUGACGCUGGAACGGUCGGAGAGGGAGGUGGGUCGAAUGGCCAUCCCCAGAACCACCCGCAUCAGAGUCGCACCGCCUCUUCAACGAAUGCCAACAACAGUAGCGCCGGGACCGCCUCGCGCCCCUCCUCCUCCUCCUCCACCUCCUCAUCGCAACAGCCGCAACAGCAACAGCAGCAGCAGCAGCAGCAACACCACGAGCAACCACAGCAACUUCUCAGAGAGAGAAAAAAGGAAAGAGGCGUCGCGCGCUGGAGACGGAACCGCGCGGCACUCGGCGGGGAUCUGCGCCAGUCAGAGUUGGCGCUCCUAGGAUCUGACGAGGACGUCAUGAUCGAGGAGGACGAGGCGGAGGGCGAAGAGGAAGAGGAGGACAAGGGAAUCAAGAGGUCGAGUUUUGUCUAUAUCAUGGAUCAUGAUGAAGAGGAGACGGUUUCGUUAACGGACAGACGUCCCCAGUCAGGCUACGAAAAUGUUUACAAUGAGUACGGCUGCUGCGAGAGAGUUUUCAUCAACGUGUCGGGCUUGAAGUUUGAAACUCAGCUGAAGACUCUCGCCCAGUUCCCGGACACUCUCCUGGGGGACCCUGAGAAAAGAAUCAGGUACUUCGACCCUCUGCGUAACGAAUACUUCUUUGACAGGAAUCGCCCGAGCUUCGAUGCCAUUCUAUACUUCUACCAGUCAGGGGGGCGUUUAAAGAGACCCGCCAAUGUGCCGUUUGACAUCUUUUCCGAGGAGGUCAAGUUCUAUGAACUCGGGGAAGAGGCAAUGCUAAAGUUUCGCGAGGAUGAGGGCUUCGUGAAGGAGGAAGAGAAGCCGCUGCCCGAGGACGAGUUCAAACGCCAGAUCUGGCUGCUGUUUGAGUACCCGGAGAGUUCAAGUGCAGCCAGGGGGAUCGCGGUCGUGUCAGUGUUGGUCAUCGUCAUAUCCAUAGUCAUUUUUUGUUUGGAAACAUUGCCAGAAUUCAGGGACGACAAAGAAUUCCACAGCCCAGGUAAAAACUCCACGCAGGCAGACAAUGGAUUUACGCCAUUCAACGACCCCUUUUUCAUCGUUGAGACGGUGUGCAUCAUUUGGUUCUCGUUUGAGAUAAUUGUGCGCUUCUUUGCGAGCCCCAGUAAAGCUGAUUUCUUUAAAAACGUUAUGAACACCAUAGACAUCGUCUCUAUUUUGCCUUAUUUCAUUACUCUCGGCACAGACCUAGCUCAACAUGAAGAGAACGGGCAACAGGCAAUGAGUUUCGCGAUCUUGAGAAUAAUACGGCUCGUCCGCGUGUUCAGGAUCUUCAAACUGUCUCGGCACUCGAAAGGUCUCCAGAUCCUUGGGCACACUUUGCGCGCGAGCAUGCGAGAGCUGGCGCUGCUCAUCUUCUUCCUCGUCAUCGGUGUCAUCCUGUUCUCCAGCGCGGUGUUCUUCGCAGAGGCAGACGAGCCCUCGUCACAGUUCACCAGCAUCCCAGACGCGUUCUGGUGGGCUGUAGUGACCAUGACCACGGUGGGCUACGGGGACAUGAAGCCCAUCACGGUCGGGGGUAAAAUCGUGGGCUCGCUGUGCGCCAUUGCCGGUGUCCUGACCAUUGCGCUUCCAGUCCCUGUCAUCGUGUCCAACUUCAACUACUUCUACCACCGAGAGACUGAUAACGAGGACCAGACGCCCGUUGUGGAACAACCACCGCCUGGCUGCCCGUAUUUUACGGAUUUCCUAAGAAAAUGCAAAGGGUCCCAAUCGGGGUCGUCUUUGGGUGACAAGGCAGCUGAGUAUAUGGAGAUGGAGGAGGGCGUGACAGAAUCCCUGUGUGGGGGUGACACGCAGAGCCCUAGCAGAGGGAACGGGACUGACAUAGGCGGAAAAAACAGUUCACAUUCACGAACCCUACAGACAGAUGUAUGAUAAUGGAAGAACGAUAACCUCCCCAAGAGGUUUUCAUGAAGAUGACUGCACAAAUGAAUCAGUUAACAGCACACAUGCACAACUUGAAGACAUAUAGCCUACAGUAGCCUACGCGCGUGCGCUAACACACAAAACACACUCAUUAAGUUCUGGACCUGAGCUGAAACGUUUUUUGCAAAGUGGCUACUUUUGUAGAGAAACAUACCCUGUAAUCACGUGACAGGCAACGCAAAAAUCACCAGCUUUACGUGACGUGGAGAGAGGUGUCUCUAUCUGCCCACCUGUUCAGUUCAGUUGACCGAACUAAACGACUCCCGGUUCAUUAAUGAAGACAACAAGGAACUUGCAUAGGCACUUUAUGAGUUACAUUUGUCAGUAAUUGUAGGUAAAAAGAGUCGAGUUCUUAUCUAAUGCUAUUAUGCAAUAACGUUUAAAUCGUUUGCACUAUCAUCAAUUAUGUUAUAGUCUCCCAGUUUAAUGCAGAGGAAAGAACAUUGAAGGACAUUGAAAAACGACUAAUAGCCUAACCAUAAUCAAAUUUGCUUUAUUAAUCAAUUCGAAAUAAUAGCAAACAUACGCUGCAAUCGUCACUGUUGAGAACCAAUUCAGUUAAUGGCAAUGACUUAUUUUAACUUAGCCAAUUUAAAUUAUUAUACAUAAUUGGAAAGCAGCAUGUUGUAGCCUAAUUUAAGGCAAUGCUAUCUUAAAUCUCAUUAUGGCAAACGUGUGUCCGCAUGGCAGUAUUCAGUACUACAGUGGUAAAAAACCCCUUUAGCACACCCCUGUGUGUUUUUUUGUACAUUGUCCACGGUGACUGAAAGAGUCAUUAUAGUCAGUCCCCUUUGUGAGUAUUGAUAAAACAAUCAGUCAUGUUAGUUUUUGUUCAUUAGCACAAUAUUUAAAACAUCUUCACGCAAUCAAUGAUUCUUUUUUUUUUUUUCUAAGCAUCAAAGACACAUUUUGGAAUACUUAGGCCAAAAUAACCGUUUCACAUCGUCUCACAACACCUUGUACAACUGAAUCAGCGACACCAUGGCUUGAAGGAUCAGUUUGGCCAAUGUUUUCAAGUUACUGUCAUGGGAGUAUAUUUCAAGGGAAUGCUUCAUGCAACUAUUUGUCUUCAUCCCUUUACCAAAUGACAAUGCAUCCCUUUAUAAAAAUGCUGACGGAAAUGUACUGCACGGAAGGGAACAUGAACUUGGUGGACUUCAUGCACAGCGAAUACUCAUCCUAUUGGAGUGCAC